AUGGUGUUGAUGAAUAAUGACUCUUCCUGUGUCAUUGGUGGGCUGUACGUACUUGGAGUGGUUCAUGGAGUUUCAAACCGUUCGCCAUGGCACUUCGUAUCAUCCGACGGAGUCACCAUGGAAUGGGUCAAGGUCGGGGUGUUGGACACGGGGGACACGGGUAGACUGCAGUGGACUACAUACGGAACCGUCCUGGAGGAAGUCUUCGGUGUGCGUGACAGAUUUCAUUCGACGCACGUUCAUCUUCGCCUCCAAAAGGGCACCAACCAAACACUUACUGCCUUCUGGCGGCAGGAUGCAGAAACCGAGUGGACUGCGAUGAAUCCUCAGCUGAAUUUUGCGUGGGAGUCCAUUGAAGUAGGACUCUAUGCCGCGCAAUGCGAAGAAUACGGCAACGCAAGCGUAGACUUUGAUUACAUAAUCGACAGAUCGAAAAUUUCGCAUGAUGAAGUGUUCGGGGGAUCAGCAGAGCCGGGACUUCUUAGCCAUGCCAGUUGUGUUGGCAGAGGAAUAGGGGACACAACAACAAGUGAUCCAAGUGUUUCUGAUGCGCUCCAGAAGUCUGUGGAUGUGAAAGGAUUUUCUCAAGAGAUGAAAGAAGUUCAUCUUGUUGAUGGCGAUUACAGUACUGGAAGUGGCGGGUUGGAGAUGAAUGAUGUCAAGACGAUUGUUCUGCGAGGAAGCGUCACUUCACAAGACUUUGUAUACGCAUGGAAUUCUACAAGUUCCGGUCAUUUUGUCAAGACUCCACGCUACGAUGAAUCAUUAGGCGGCUUUUACGACAAUUUUGCUUGGAACGGAACGGGUUGGACACCUCUGGUGGUACGAUACACUGUUUCUUUCAGACCGAGUCUUGUUGAGUCGAAGAUGGUUUUUUUUAUUGACGGAGUGGAAAGACCGACACUCAUCGUUACCAGACCGUCUGAAUACAAGCAGCCAAGAAUCUAUAUCUUUACGAUAGCAGAACAGAAUUCCAAUCACUCAGUGGAAGGGUUUGUCUUAACAACGCAGAAAGGAGUAGGUUUCGACCAUGCAUACACCACAGGGACGCGAAACAAUGGAGCAGAUGCAGGAGAAGUUGAACUACAUGUUUGGGCCAGUGCCCCUGACACUCUGUACUAUCAGGGAACCAAGACAACCGAUGUGGGAGGUAUGAUCGAGGUCAGAGACUCGCUGCUCGCUCCGUCCAAGCUUGUCCGCACAAGACGUCUAAUGGAGGAGAGGCCGAUGAAUCAAGUAGAUGAAUCCAAAGAUUCUUUCCGAGAAAGUCUGAGGACAUACUACAUGAAGCAUAAUAGAGCAAAGCUGACGGAUCUCGAGGACAUGGUGAAUGAGUGGUUUCUCAAACAAGAAGAACUUGAUCAACUCCUUUCUUUGAAGUAUGGCGAAGCUUUGUCAUUGCAUCGAUCUGCAUCGACCUCUGAAUCCUCCAUGGCCCAAUUGAUGCCCAAAUCACCAAUCUUGCUACAUCCACAUACUACUCCGACUCCGCCAUUGCCUUCAUCACCUAAAGAACUCCUGGGACAAGACGCACGCGUCGACACGGAAGCUCAGAGCAGUCCUAAUCCAAAAGAGCAAGUCAAGGCUUCAAUCAAGAGUCACAAGUUUCAGCUCAGGCUGAAUGAAGAAUCUGCUCUUCUUGAAGCGAAAUCAAGAAAUAUUCCAUUUCUGAGGAGAAAUCUAAGCCUGGAGGAAACUGUUGUAGGGCCAGCGAAAGUUGUAAUCUCAUGUGGAGGAGGAUAUUUUUUUUCACCUCUUAUGAAAACAUCGCCUAUGCUGGUUGUCGUUGACCUCAAUGUUGAAUUCGUUGAUUGCAAUUUUGUAUUCUCCGAUAGUCUUGUCUUGUCCUCUUCGGUCUCGAUCUUGCUUCAAAGGAGCAUCGUGCGCUUUUCGAGAUGUGCGUUCUCGAAAGGAAGGAGCGGACUGGAGAUUGACUCUUCCAUGGUAGACUUUCGCGACUGUAGAUUUAGUGAUGUUGAAUAUCAACAUGAUGGCUCAUCGCUUUCUCUGGGCUACCGGAAGAUAAUCGCAGGAGGAGGUUUGCAGCAAGCAGCAUCGUUGGAUCAAAUGUUUGCCAUGUCUCCUCAAGUCUACAUGGCAGAUGUGAAGUUUGAGAACAACUCGGCAAGCAUGGGAGGAGCUCUGCGUGUUUCGAGAGGAAGCUUUUAUUGCCAACGCUGCGAGUUCAGCAGGAACUCGGCGAGGAGAGACGGAGGAGCUAUCGUGCUGGAGGGAUCUGCAGCAGUGAUCAUUACGAACUCGCUCUUUGAAAGAAAUGUCGCUACAGGAGGAGGGUCGCUCGCGCUUCUCAGUGGAAGUGCUAUCUUUGCCCAAGUUGAUUUCAACUUCAAUUUUGCCCGCCUGUAUGGAGGAGCGAUACUUUAUAACAUGUCUGCCGUACCAUACAAGCUCGCUCGAGAGUGCGAUUGCAAAAUUUCCUACAGAGUUUUGCCUUGUUUGACAGCUUUUUUACGAUGCAACUUUCUCAAUAACUCAGUCAUCGGCUCCACCAAGGAAGUAGGAAAUGGAGGAGCAAUUUUCUUUCUCGGUUCUGGAUCAGCUUCGAUUGAGGGGAGCUCGUUCAUACAGAAUUUUGUUGGUGGACCCAACGGCAUGGGUGGAUGUUUCGGAAUGAAGGAUGGAGGAAGGUUUUACUACAAGCUUGGACUCAGCGACUACCGCGAGUUUCCUCUUUUACGCUUUGGUUUCAACGGGAAUCCGUACCUCGAUCCCCACAGUGCAACCCUGCUGCCAAAUGGCCUUGGUCUUACUGCAAGCAAUCCAUACGAGCCCGCGUGGUUCACAAAAGAGCUUCCUGCUGACCCAAGAUUGACCGAUCAGUGGCCCUUUUAUGCUACAGGGGAGCGAUUCACAGGGUAUUUCAGUCCUUUAGCGCAGCCUGGCCAAAAGGUUGCAUCUGGAGGGCUCUCGUUCGUCCUCUAUGAUGGUGCUCCAGUUUUGGAUGGAUGGGAGCAGGUUGUAGGACAAGUCAUCUUCAAAGACUGCAACAUCUACGAGAACAUGCCGGCAGGGCUUUCGGCAUGCUACAUGGACGUCGAAACUCACAAGCAAACGUGUUUGGGUGACAAGCAGCUCUUGUAA